GUUCAAGAAGAAUAAACCAAACUAGUAGGGGAUAGAAAGUCAAUGGUUCAUAAUGAUUUGAUGACAACAAUCUAUCCCAGAUUCCAUCAAGUGUUAAAAGAUUUGGGGCUGGACGGUUCUGAAUUUAUUGAAACAUGUCUUUCAUCAAUUAUGCAGAAAGAAACCCCUACUUGAAUUUGAAAUUUUCGCACAGUAAUCAUCAUAUAUUUCAUGAGUAUGAAUCCAGUCACCACCACUCACCAACCUACAAUGUCUAUGAACCUCCAAUUUAUGGGACUCAAUCAUUCAAUCAGAGAAGUUUUGUUGCUGUGCCAGCUAAGAAGACAAACCUAUUGGUUGCUUUGAUUAUUGGUGGUGUGCUGCUUUUUUUGGGUAUUGCAUCUGGUGUCGCCUGGUAUUUUAUUUCGAGUUCUAACUGUAUACCCUGUGGAAAGAGUGAUGGAUGUGUGAGUCCAUCACAUUGGUGUGAUGGGAUUCCUCAGUGCCGUUAUGGCGAGGAUGAAGAAUGCUUUCUGUUGGCAAACUCAACUUUUGUGCUUUAUGCCAAAUCUGUGGAUUAUGGCUGGAGACCAGUAUGUCAUGACCACUGGAACAAUGAUCAUGGACAGCAAGUCUGCAACAGGAUAGGUUACCUCAGCAACAGCUAUUCCUAUUAUGGAUCAACCUCAGCAAGCACGGUUGAAUUUUCAGAGUUCCUGUUACUGAAUGAGAGUUUAUCAACAAAAAACACGUACCAAAAGCUAAGCAUCAGCCAAAAUUGCUCUUCUGGAUUGCUGGUCACAUUACACUGCAUAGACUGUGGAGUCCGCAAGCACAACAGAAAUAUUUCUGGACGAAUAAUUGGUGGACAAAUGGCAGUACCAAACGAAGUCCCAUGGCAGGUCAGCCUCCACUUGGACAACCGUCAUAUCUGUGGGGGAACCAUUCUCACACCCUACUGGGUGAUUACAGCUGCACAUUGUGGAGAAAGGCAUUCUUUCUCUUCCCGCUGGAAAGUGUAUGGUGGCAUUCUACAUCAAUCUGAAACACGUAUCGUAGCUCCACGCUCUGUACAGAAAUUUAUCACCCAUGAAAAGUUUAACAAGGCAAACAAAGAUUAUGACAUUGCAUUACUGAGGCUAAAAACACCUUUCACGUUUUCAGAUUCGAUAAGACCAGUGUGCUUGCCAAAUUAUGGGCAAACAUUUCCUAGCGGGUCCAAUUGCGUGAUUUCUGGAUGGGGAGACCUGUUGGAAGGAGGAACUCCAGCAGCCACUCUACAUUGGACUGUUGUGCCAUUACUUACUUACUAUGAUUGUAAAAAACUAUAUUACGAUACCAUCACAUCUCGCAUGUUUUGCGCUGGUUUGGAAGAGGGUGGACGUGAUGCUUGUCAGGGUGACAGUGGUGGCCCUCUGAUUGCAAAGCAGAAGUCAUUGUUGUGGUUAGUUGGCAUCACAAGCUGGGGAUACGGAUGCGCCAGAGUAGGAAAACCAGGAGUGUACGUGAGGGUCACAACAUUUUUGGACUGGAUUUAUCUGCAACUGAAGAAAUACCGCUGACGAUGGACAAGAUUAGAAAUGACUGUUUUUUUUGAGAAGAUAAAGAAAGGACAAGUGUGAAGCUCCUUGAUGCUUCUUUCUUACUGCUGUGAUGUACAAUUCCCUGCGACAAUUUGAGAAGCUCCCUUAUUAUACCAGCAACCCUCUCCAUACUCUCCCAAUUUGCUUAAUGGAUUUCUCUGAUAGUAUACAAAAACCUCACUUUUAAGAGAGAGGAUAAGAUUGAUGACUUGCUGAGAAGAUUUGGAGAAGAAAUAUAGCUUCCUGAUCCAAAUAGUGAUGGCGUACAUAUUGCGCUGGUUAGAUACAGCUCUGUAAGGAAACCAUUCAGUGUACAGAUUGUCAUAUUGUUGAAUGACUCUGAAGCAAAGUUCAGCAAUGUCAGCUGAUUCAUUGAUUGAGUGAAUACUAAAGGAAAUGACCUAUUGAAAUGACUGCAGCUGCUGAAGACCUUUUAUA